CUAUGAUGGAGGCGAGUAAUGGUGGCUUACAUAGAGCGCCGACCGGCGAGUAUCGACAGUCUCGGCGUGUAAAGUUGAUACAGCGACGCCGGGGUGGGAGGCGCGAUGCCGGCGAGGAUGGGAUGGCGCAGCGAGACAGACGGAUAACGGGCAUUUGGAGGAGGGUGAUAGCCGGAGUGUUGAAGGGUGAAGAGGGCUUGCGGGUGAUUUGAGAGCGGGUGAUUUGAGAACGGGUGCGUAGGUUCUGUACCGCUGCCCUUCGAAACUACCUCACUUCAACAUCACGGAGGCAGCAUAUUGGGUGGCUUCAUUACUGAAAGCAAGCGUCAUUGUCUUUCCAAAUUGAAAAUGGACUCGAAUAUCUGGAACAUCUUCCUAGUCCUCGCAUUGUUCACUCUCCUGAGAGUAUUCGUAGUCCAGAGACGGUCGCUCUUAGUAUCACUUUUUUUGCAUCUACUUCAUCCCAUCCGCGAUCGUCAGGGCCGCCAGAUUUCGGGCCCGCCGUGGAUCUGGGCAAAUGGCCACAUGAUCGACAAGUUCCUGGACGGGCGCGCGAAGAGUAAGGAGUGGCGAGCCUAUGGAGCUGUGUAUCGGAUUUGGUCUUGUGGUAUACCUGAGAUAGUGAUUACGACUGCGGAAGAUGUCCGAGCAUUUCACUCCGACUCCGACCAGCACGCAAAAUCGCGUUCCAGUAACGGCGGCUGGUUCUUCCAUCAACUACUCGGCGAGUGUAUGGGUUUGAUUAAUGGGAGUAGAUGGAAGGAAGUACGUGGGGAAUUCCAGCAUGCUUUCACUCAUCGUGCUGUGAUGGACAUGAGUCCUUCCAUCAGUCAGUACGCACGUGACUACGUGAAGGACAUCUGCUCUGAAAGUUCCGGUCCUAUUGUCGUUCAUGCAGCCAACACGUUGGCGAAGUUCCCGUUCUUUUGCACUGCAAAAUAUUUGUAUGGCCCUCUAAGCAGAGAGGAGAAAGAUGAGCUUUGGGCACUCGGUCAGCGGAAUUUGGCAUUGAUGCGAUAUGUGCUUGCAGGAGGUAUCUACCGAUUUGCGAUGUGUAGGUUAUUUUGUACUGGCACUGCGAAAGAGCUGGAUGUAUUCCGGAGGGACUGGUCCAAUUUCAAUGAGAAGAUAUACCAGACGCGGAGAACUUCUUCUCCGGCAUGUCUGAUCGUAUCGAUCUGGAAGCCAGUGAAAGAAGGGACAAUGAAGGAAUCUGAGGUCCUCCAAACCAUCAGCGAGAUGCUUUUCGCAAACCUCGACGUCUCAUCUCACGUUCUUACGUGGUUUGUUACUCUGCUCGCAGAGAACACGGAGGUGCAGCAGAGACUCCGAGAGGAAGUUGAGAGCUCCAAAGUAUCUGGUGUUGUAUCAGGAGAGUAUUGCAACAGCAAAGAUAGUCUCCUCCGAUCUUGCUGGCUUGAGUCCUUGCGCCUCAGACCCUUCACGAGUUUCGCCAUCCCAGAAAGUUCACCUUCGCCGAAGAUCCUAGGUGGAUACCAAAUUCCAGCAAACGCCUCGAUCGUAGUUGACACGCACUCUAUCAAUAUUGAAAACCCCCUUUGGGGCGCAGACACUCACCAAUUCCGCCCAGAAAGAUUCGCGGUCAUCAAGCCUUCGGAGCUUCGAUAUAACUUUUUCGCCUUCGGAUUCGGAACUCGCAAAUGCCUAGGCCAGCACUUUGCCGAAAGCAUGCUCAAAACCUUCGUCGUGCACUUACUAGACCACUACACCGUUUCCAUUCCCUCACCCUCAAAGCACUCAGGCUCAGGAGACUACGAUCUGACACGGGAUUCAUGGGUGCCUACAUCAAACGUUCACUUGAUCCUGACAAAAAUAUAA